AUGCCGAAAAAAAGUAAAAUUUGGGAUUAUUGGAAUAUUUUGGCACCCAAAGAAUUAAGUCAGCUUAAUAGUUGUAGCGAAACAUCAAGUAAUGAUGAAGAUGAUACAGAAGAUUUUGUUUCUUCUUCAUCAAAUACUCAAGAUCAGAAAGGCGCCAAAAAAUUACAUCCACCUGUAAAAUGUAAAUACUGCCCUAAAAAAUUCAAACGCGGACUUGCAACUCGUAUGCAAAGUCAUACUAAUAAUUGUUAUAAUGCACCUGAAUCAGCAAAGACUAUCAAAAAACCGAAGCUGCAAGAUUCAGAUUUAACUCAACAAAAUUGCAUUAAAUCUCUUAUCGAAUCACAAACAGCAAUUCAACAAAUGAUUUAUGAUCAAAGUACAACAUCAUUAGAAGCGCGAAUUAAAGUGCAAUUACAUUCAAAUGAAUUUUGGAAUAACCUUAAAGUUAUCAUUAGAAUUCUUAAACCAAUUGUUGCUGCUUUAAAAGCAUUUGAAGCUGAUAGCUCAACAAUUUCAACAACAUAUUCCCGAUUUAAUAUGAUUUUAACUGAAAUCCAAAAAAUUAAUUGUAACUAUUUAGCAGCAAUUCAACAAAAAAUUCAAAAUCGUUGGAAUUAUAUCUACCAUCCUAUUAUGACUAUUGCAUUCAUAUUAGAUCCAAAUUAUCUUGAAGAGAGCAAAAAAAAUAUUAAUGAAUCUGAUUGUUUAUCGACAUUUGCAAACUUUAUUUCCUUAAAGUAUCCUUCCAAAGAAGCAUCUAGAAUCUAUGCUGAAUUAUUAAAAUUUCGUAACAAACAAAUACCAUAUAAUAAUGAAUUAAUUUGGAAUUCGGCUGUUCACCUUAAUCCUUCAACUUG